AUGAACUCGAGUGAUAGAAUUGAAGACUUGGCCUCGUUGUUCUUACCCGACUCACUACAACAGACACCACAAGCACCAUCUACCCCUGUUACUUCGACAGCCAUGUCAGAAAGACUUGUUGAUGGCUCAAAUUAUCUAGUUCCAAAAGAUAGCACUACCUCGUUGUCCAACUCGAGUUAUCAAGACUUUCUCAACAACAACAACUUCAUCAACAGACCAACGGGAGAUGAACAGGAGCAGCAUUUUUCACAUGUCAACCAUUAUGCUCCGUAUCUUCCCUACGAUGCCAACGUCAUGAAUCAUUAUCAAAACUUUCACAACCCCGUGUACCCAUAUUUUCCUGAGGAUAUACAACCAUAUGGAGCAUUCCAGCCAAAUGAACCCUUUCCAAGGAGCCAACAAUAUGACAUGGAUAUUCAACAGGAGGCAGAAAUCAAAGAACCCAUUAGCCCGAAGAGGAAACCAAAGGGUAGGAAACGCAAUCUAAAGCAUGCACUUGUGGAAAUUGAUUACAAACCAGCCAAGUUGAAAAGACUCUUGGACCUUACUCCUUCCGGCGCCACAAGCGCAAAUGAUUACAAAAUUAUUGACAACACUAACAAAGAGGUCUCGGUUGAGUUUAGUGGCUUCCUCAAUGGGAAGUUCUUCACCAAUGACAUUGACAAUAACAACUUCUUGUUUACCAAGAAUGAACUUGAGAAAGAGCAGAGCAAGCCGGUGGAAGAUCCCAAAAUAGUGUCUUGUUAUAGACGAAACUAUAUUCAAGUGUUGAUGAAUAUGAGGCUUGCCGGGGUCACCAAUGACUUCAAGUUGCUCAAGUUGCAAACAAGUGAAUAUGGAUACUCAACAACAAGAGUAAUCAAAUACUUUAAGAUUGAAAUACAAGCAGUGACAAACAUAUCCAAUUCCAAGAGCGUGCCGAUUAUAGUAAAGAAUAGUGACAAGGAAGUGACGAAACCAGAACUCAAAGAUGACGUUGUUCAGCCAACAAAUAUCGGCGCCGAUCAUGUCGUUGUCUUGAAUGAGUCGGGAGUCAAUAAUGAAUUGGAUAAAUACUUUGUUGUGAGGAAGCUACAGUUCAAAAAUGCCACACCAAACAAUGGAAAUCUCACUUUUCAAAACUACUACCAUUUGAAAGCGAAAUUGAGUUGUGUUGUUGCUGAUAUGUACUAUGAUGACUAUGUUGACGACAUUGCCAAUCUAGAAAACAGUGGGAACAUUAACGAAUUUCUUCUUUCUGAGUUGGUAAGCGAGCCCAUCAUUGUUCGUGGAAGGAACCCGAGCUUCUAUGCAGAAAGGAAAGAUGUUUUGAUCAGGUGUCGUCCAUGCUUGUCGAGAAAGAGUUACCAAUUGGCUACGGAGCUGGCUGAAGACAAGAUUGAUGACGACAACGAGCACGUGAGUUUGGAGUCAACUGAAGACGACAUAGAUGACCAACUAGAAGAAGGGCAUGUGUCACCCAUUGACAAAAUGAAGCAAACAAACUCUACCAGUUCUGAAAUUGAUUUGAAUGAAAUUGACGGAUAUAAAUACUACCCAAUAUCGAGUCACUAUUACCUCCCACCUGUGAAUGUGGUGUAUUUCCCCCAUCGCGCUCAUCAUCCAAUUGAAAAAGACGAUUACGAAUCAGCAGUGGAGCCUGUUGUGCAGAGGAAAAGCUCUAAUGUGGAUAUCUCAAGUGGCUGCGAAACCCAAAAAUGUAUCGACGCAAGCAAAGCUUUAUCCCUGGAGUGCCAAAACGAGCAAGACAACGUCUUAGCGUGUAUUUGCAAAGUCAGCAAUAGUGACUAUUGGAACAAGCUUAGUGAUUGUCUUAAAAGCUGUGACUCACUGGUGCAAGAUGGUAUUGAUACAUCUCCAAGUGGAUUGAAACAGUUGUAUUGUGAUGCUGCUCUGGCUUAUGCUUCCUUGUCUGCGGCUUUUGGAACAGAAACUUUUGCCUUGAGUAAUGUUGAAGUUACGGGAACUGAAACCUCUGCUAUUGCUGGUGUUGUCAGCACCUUGUCUCAACUUUCCGGGUCCCAACUGUCAAUGAGUAGCCAAGCUGCCAAGUCAAGUGACAGCACCAAGUCCAGUGACAGCACUAAGUCAAGUGAGACGGCCCAGUCAAGUGAGACGGCCAAGUCAAGUGGCAGCACCAAGUCCAGUGAGAGUGCUAGCUCAAGUGAAACUACAAAGUCUACUUCAAACUUUGCCGCUAAAAAGGGAUGUGGCACCCUUCUCUCCUUUUUAGUUUUAGUUUUUAUGUGA